AUGGAUAUACUUUGUUUAACCAAGGAGUUUUUCAGAGACAAAAUAAGUGUUCCCUUUAAUUUGACCUAUUAUGUCCCAUUCAGGGUUAUGGUCUCUUUUGGUUUGAUGGAGACAUCUCUCAACUGCAGAGUUUGGAAGCUUGGUUCUGUGCCCCUGUACUCACUGACUAACCACCCAGCCCUGCACUCACUGAACAACCACCCAGCCCUGCACUCACUGACCAACUACCCAGCCCUGCACUCACUGACCAACCACCCAGCCCUGCACUCACUGACCAACCACCCAGCCCUGUACUCACUGACCAACCACCCAGCCCUGUACUUACUGACCAACCAUCCAGCCCUGCACUCACUGACCAACCACCCAGCCCUGUACUCAGAGACCAAUCACCCAGCCCUGCACUCACUGCCCAACCAUCCAGCCCCGCACUCACUGACCAAUCACCCAGCCCUGCACUCACUGACCAACCAUCCAGCCCUGUACUCACAGGCCAAUCACCCAGCCCUGCACUCACAGACCAAUCACCCAGCCUUGCACUCACUGACCAGCAACCCAGCCCUGUACUCACUGACCAACCACCCAGCCCUGCACUCACUGACCAACCACCCAGCACUGCACUCACUGACCAACCACCCAGCCCUGUACUCACUGACCAACCAACCACCCAGCCCUGCACUCACUGACCAAGAACCCAGCCCUGCACUCACUGACCAACCACCCAGCCCUGUACUCACUGACAAACUACCCAGCCCUGCACUCACUGACCAACCACCCAGCGCUGCACUCACUGACCAACCACCCAGCACUGUACUCACUGACCAACCACCCAGCCCUGCACUCACUGACCAACCACCCAGCACUGCACUCACUGACAAACCAACCAGCCCUGCACUCACUGACCCUUCACUCACUGAACAACCACCCAGCCCUGCAAUCACUGACCAACCACCCAGCCCUGUACUCACUGACCAACCACCCAGCCCUACACACACUGACCAACCACCCAGCCCUGUUCUCACUGACCAACCACCCAGCCCUGCACUCACUGACCAACAACCCAGCCCUGCACACACUGACCAAGCACCCAGCCCUGCACUCACUGACCAACCACCCAGCCAUGUAAUCACUGACCAACCACCCAGCCCUGCUCUCACUGAACAACCACCCAGCCCUGCACUCACUGAACAACCACCAAGCCCUGCAAACACUGACCAACCACCCAACCCUGUACUCACUGACCAACCACCCAGCCCUGUACUCACUGAACAACCACCCAGCCCUGCAAACACUGACCAACCACCCAGCCCUGUACUGGCUGACCAACCACCCAGCCCUACACACACUGACCAACCACCCAGCCCUGCACUCACUGACCAACCACCCAGCCCUGCACUCACUGACCAACAACCCAGCCCUGCACACAAUGACCAACCACACAGCCCUGCACUCACUGACCAACCACCCAGCCAUGUAAUCACUGACCAACCACCCAGCCCUGCUAUCACUGAACAACCACCCAGCCCUGCACUCACUGAACAACCACCAAGCCCUGCAAACACUGACCAACCACCCAGCCCUGUACUCACUGACCAACCACCCAGCCCUACACACACUGACCAACCACUCAGCCCUGUACUCACUGACCAACCACCCAGCCCUGUACUCACUGACCAACCACCCAGCCCUGUACUCACUGACCAACCACCUAGCCCUGCACUCACUGACCAACCACCCAGCCCUGUACUCACUGACCAACCACCCAGCCCUGUACUCACUGACCAACCACCCAGCCUUGCACUCACUGACCAGCAACCCAGCCCUGUACUCACUGACCAACCACCCAGCCCUGUACUCACUAACCAACCACCCAGCUCUGCACUCACUGACCAACCACCCAGCCCUGUAAUCCCUGACAAACCACCCAGCCCUGCACUCACUGAGUAA